AUGCCCUUAGUAACACUAACCUAUAGGCGCUACUCUCGUUCCCCCCUGGUUCCAACCUCCCCGUCCGUACUCUGCUUCAUCCUCCCUGCUGUGCUACUCCCCGCUACAUCCUCCCUGCUGUGCAUCCUCCCCGCUGCACCCUCCCUGCUGUGGUUCCUCUCCUCCCCUCCCUGCUGUGGUUCCCCUGCUCCUCUCCCUGCUGUGGUUCCUCUCCUCCCUUCCCUGCUGUGGUUACCCUGCUCCCCUCCCUGCUGUGGUUCCUCUCCUCCCUUCCCUACUGCGGUUCCUCUGCUCCCCUCCCUGCUGUGGUUCCUCUCCUCCCCUCUCUGCUGUGGUUCCUCUCCUCCCCUCCCUGCUGUGGUUCCUCUCCUCCCCUCCCUGCUGUGGUUCCUCUCCUCCCCUCCUUGCUGUGGUUCCUCUCCUCCCCUCCCUGCUGUGGUUCCUCUCCUCCCCUCCCUGCUGUGGUUCCUCUCCUCCCCUCCCUGCUGUGGUUCCUCUCCUCCCCUCCCUGCUGUGGUUCCUCUCCUCCCCUCCCUGCUGUGGUUCCUCUCCUCCCCUCCCUGCUGUGGUUCCUCUCCUCCCCUCCCUGCUGUGGUUCCUCUCCUCCCCUCCCUGCUGUGGUUCCUCUCCUCCCCUCCCUGCUGUGGUUCCUCUCCUCCCCUCCCUGCUGUGGUUCCUCUCCUCCCCUCCCUGCUGUGGUUCCUCUCCUCCCCUCCCUGCUGUGGUUCCUCUCCUCCCCUCCCUGCUGUGGUUCCUCUCCUCCCCUCCCUGCUGUGGUUCCUCUCCUCCCCUCCCUGCUGUGGUUCCUCUCCUCCCCUCCCUGCUGUGGUUCCUCUCCUCCCCUCCCUGCUGUGGUUCCUCUCCUCCCCUCCCUGCUGUGGUUCCUCUCCUCCCCUCCCUGCUGUGGUUCCUCUCCUCUCCUCCCUGCUGUGGUUCCUCUCCUCCCCUCCCUGCUGUGGUUCCUCUCCUCCCCUCCCUGCUGUGGUUCCUCUCCUCCCUCCCCUGCUGUGGUUCCCCUGUCCCCACAUCUGCUCUUACCCCAAGCUCGGAGCUCUGCAAUUCCACCAUUCAUCUCCUCUAGACGUGCACUGA